UUAUUGCAGGUGAUAUUUUCGCAAUCGCUGCAUGAUGUUUCGUACGAGCCAGCAAAUUCGAAUUCUUCAUCAACCGAAAAAAUCCCUCCAUCACAUACCGGUGAUGUUGAAUCAUCUUCCUCACUGGUUGCUGAUCCGUCAGUCACCGAUUCGUUUCCAAGGGUUUUUCGGGAAUUCGAUUUUUUGGAGGCAGAGCAUGAUACAGUUUCGGAAUCAACCGACUCCUGUUUCAACUGGCUUUCGACGAUGAGACCACCUUCGGAUUCGUUGGAGGUAUCAAGCGAGAAAACACCGCUUCAGGAAGAAGCACGAAGCGAAACAAUUUCUGAAGAAGACAGUUGCUGUGAGGAAGAACUGGAAGAUGAUGAAUUUGCUGUUGAUGAUGAGCAACAGCGGGCAGCCGAUGUCUCGUCACUAGCCGAAUCCAUUCGAUGUAGUCAUUCGGAGGCAUUGGGUGAAUGUUCACGUUCACAGCAACUUCCACUAUUCUUGCAAUGUAAUCAUCACACUUCAGCACAGGGCGAGCAUCAAUGGCUUGCAAGCUUUGGCGAUUUGAGUGCUGACCAAACUGGUCAUUUAACGGCUCAUGCUACUUUAUUGUUCACUCAGCUUUAUCGGGUGAAUUUAAUAACAGAAUUAUUAAAAAUAAUAGAAUUAUUGAUAGAAUUGUUAUGA